AUGGCUGAUACGAGCGAAAGCAGUGCCGAUAAUUCUGUGCAUUCUGAUGUUUCUAGCGAGAAAAAUAGUAAAGUUGACUCGACAUUCGAUGACAGUGACCGUGACCCAGACUAUGAACAAUUUAAAAAAUACAGAGAGUUCUUAAAUGUUCAUGGACUCCAAGGCAGAAUUAAUAAUAUUGUUAGCAAUAAAAUAAAAGGAACACGAGUAUCAGAAAGAGACAAAAGAGGAAACAUGAACCGUUUAAACAAAAUAUCUGAUGAUGAAUUGACAACAAGACUUAAUCUGCACAAGAGUAAAGCCCAGGCAAUGCAACAGUUAUUUAAAAGUAAAACAGAAUGGUCCCAAACUGAUAAGAAGACCUGUGUUAUAUCGUUUGACUUACAGCAAGCGUUACCAAUUCCCAAAUUAACCACUGGUCCCGCAUUUUAUUGCAGGAAAAUAUGGAUGCAUAAUCUAGGAGUCUAUGACUGCACUGGAAACACUGGUCACAUGUUUGGACCGAAAAUGUUGCAAAAAGAGGAAGUGAUGAAGUUGCAUCAAUACUCAAAAUUUCUGACCUCAAAGAUAGGUAAAGCAGAACACAUAGUAUUUUUUACGGAUAAUUGCCCUGGGCAAAACAAGAACUGGCUUGUGAUGGCUUUAUGGUUCCAACUGGUAAAAGAACAAAAGUUUAAGACUAUAACACAACAUUUUUUGUCAGCGGACAUACGCACCUUCCCUCUGAUAGGGAUUUUGCCCUUAUCGAAAAGCGACAUAGAAAAUAUGCUCACUUGUCUACUCCCCUGA